AUGCUACGAUUCUUCUCACUCGACCCGAGGAGCAAAGAGAGCGCACCGGCGACUGACUCAAUCAUUACACUCAAGUCAGAACCUCCUGUCGUCGAGAUCCCUCCGAGUGACCCGCCGGCGCCCAAGAGGCGGCGACGGGAUAGCUGCGAUGACUCACCGAGUAUGGAACCGACGAUCAAGCGACCGAAGCUGAACGAAGCGAUGCGGCAGCAGGUCCACGAGGCGACAAGCAACAUCGAGAGAAUAGGGGAAGCGGCGGAUCUGAUUGAGCUUGCAUUUCAGUCACAGAUUCAACUCAAGCACAAAGAACUGGAGAUGAUCAACGAAAGCUUGGCAAAGUGUCAAGUCGCGCUCGAGCAACUCCGAAGAUGUCACCUCAUCCCGUACCCGACUAACUGCCCGACGCCUGAGCAGAUGGUGGAAAUCAGCAACGGGUCUGGAUAUGCUUUGCAGGCACCUGGCCGGCCAGUCCCCCGCCAUGCUCCUCCAUUCGGCGUUGUGGAAGGGCCAUACGCGCGUCACUAUGCGCAGUGGCUAAUUCCCCAUCCAAACUUUGAUGGGAUUCAAGUUGAGCCACUGUCGUCCCAGGAUGCUCCGUACUCCAACAUGAUGGAGGGGCGUUCGACGAGGAACAGUCGCGCAGAGCCCUCAUCAUCCCUGGUUCGUGGGCGCCAGGUAGAUCAGAAAAGGCCAGCUCUUUCUCUGGACAAGCCUCAAGUCAAGGCUCGCGCUGGCCCAUGCAUUAUAACAAAAGCGAACGGCGAGACCGUCAGACUUGAGUGCAUCAAGUGUGGGCGCGAUAACUUCAAUAGCACCCAGGGCUUCAUAAAUCACUGCAGAAUCGCACAUCGGUUGGACUUCAAGAGCCAUGAAGAGGCAGCGGCAGCUUGCGGUCAGCCUUACGACCCGGCAUCAGAAGGAGCGCCCCCGAAUGCGCCAUCAGCACAUGCCCACGAGUCGAGCCAAGUGGAUCGGACAGCGGUGCGACGACCGUCAUACAAAGUAGCUGCGGAAGUGUCCCGCCAAACAGGCGCAGUCAACGCAUUGGCUGGCGGUGAAAUGACGCAUCAGGAAGCUUGCGCUUCUCUGAGUAUGCGGAUAGCGACGACUCUGAAGCAGUGGAACAUGGACAAGCCUGGCCAGAACCUGCCGAAGUCCUUGCCCAAGGUGAAGCCUGAGACUAUGACUGAGUCAACCGACACCGCUCGCGACGCCCCCUAUCUGUCGCGUCUCUUACAGAAACGGAGUUUUUCUGGUAAUCUGCGUGACCUAAUAGCCGAUGCAAAGACCAAGCUGUCUGACCAAGAUAUGGCCCUGGACUUCGAGUCUGAAGACGAAAGCCUGGCGACGCCUGUUGAUAACCAGGCUUCUACACAUGCUCGCAUGCCAGUCGUCAAGCGCGUUCCUGUCCGUGCGACAGAUUCCCCAGUUGCAACUUCAAGUCACAAAUCGCAGGCUCACGAGCUCUACUCCAAGGGUGUACAUCCCAACGGCCUGAAUGAUUCAGGACCGCAGCAUGCCGAGGUGGAUGAUGACCUAGAGGGACCCUCACUCAGCCCGAAUGCUCACAUGUCCAACAACGCCCCAUCUCUUGUUAGCGACGAUGGAGAGUACGACGACUCUGAAGACGCAUCAUCCAUGUGCGGUCACAGCGAGGCUGUUGACACCGAGUCAGUAUCGGACGUUGCCGAUAUUAGCAUGGACGAGGACCAUGGUCACCGAUCGUUGCGUCGGUCCUCAACUGGCAUUGCAAGCGCGGUACGCCUUCGCAGACAGGAGCCUAAGCAUGUUGCCUUUGUUAGUCCCAUGGCGAACACGCGCGACACCAAACGCAAGAGAAACGCUUGA